UUUGGGAGAAGACGGACACCUCGGGGGCGGCGACGCUGGAGGAAGAUGGCGGACGAAGCGGGUAGCAACGGGGACGCUGCAGCUUUGCCGGUGGGGAAGGAGGCAGUGGAUCGUUUGAUCAAAGAGAACAGCCACAUCUUCACGGACACCCAGUGUAAAGUGUGUAGUGCUGUGCUCAUCUCUGAGUCCCAGAAGCUCGCUCAUUAUCAGAGUAAGAAGCAUGCAAACAAAGUUCGGCGAUACAUGGCUAUCCACGGUGAAGAGGAACUCAGUCAGAGUAAGAAAAUAAAACUGGAUACAAAGGAGCAGAGCAGCAAUGGAGAAGACAGGAACAAAUGCUGUCCCAUCUGUAACAUGACCUUUUCCUCGCCUGUUGUGGCUAACUCCCACUACCUAGGCAAGACCCAUGCCAAAAAUCUGAAACUGAAACAACAGUCUCCAAAAGCAGAAGCUGUACCUGCUCAGAAACAGCCUGCUAACCCUCCUCCCACAACUGUGUCCUCUAAUGAAGAGAACCAAAACACUUCUGACCCUGACAAAUUCUGCAAUCUCUGCCAUGCCACGUUCAAUAAUCCCCUGAUGGCAAAGCAGCACUACGUAGGGAAGAAACACAAAAAGCAGGAAACCAAACUUAAGCUAAUGGCACACUAUGGAAGAACCCCUGAAGAACCUGCUGCCUCAACAGCUGGGAAGGGAUAUCCCUGUGAUGACUGUAAUAUAGUACUGAACUCAAUAGAGCAGUACCAAGCUCACAUCAGCGGUUUCAAACACAAGAACCAUAUACCAGGAGGAAUCCCUGUUACAGCACGGUACCCAACAACACUGUACCGUGAGGAGACAACUGGUCCUGAUGGCUACAGCUAUUUCAGCCAAGACAUCUAGAACAAGCUCCAGUGCUAUUUUUGGAUUGCUGGCAGCCCAAAAGUGAACAUCUUUUAUCAGCCCACUAUGGUUUUAUUGUUCCUCUGGCUAAAUGAAACCUUCCUGUCCUCCAUGUACUGAUUUAGCUGAUUCAGAACUAACUAUUGGCUAAAGGAUCUAGAAGGAACAGAGAUACUAGUUGACAUUUGCUCAGUCCUUUAGAAUAGUUUUCAUUGUGUAAUCUCUUGCUGUAAUGGCUGAUGGUUGGGGUGGGGAUUAUGUCUGGCAUGAGCACAGCUUGGCAACUGCCAGUCUUCCACCUUGAGCCUACCCUUUCCCUCUGCCCAGAAGAAGCAGGAGGGAGUUCCGCACCCAGUACCAGCUAGAGGAGAUCAACCUUUGGAAGAAAGCUCGUAAUUCUUGGUAACACAAUGCUUGUUAAGCGUGAGCUAUGGAAUGGGCGUAAUUAAUAGACUGAUUGCCAUCUUCUCACCUAGAAUGGGAUGUUAAAUUGCUGUGUUUGUCUUCCCCCAUCCUGAAUUAAUUGGGUUUGUGUGCGGAGUUUCCUAGGUCACCAGUUUGCCAUUUGCAUCCUUUUUGUAGUUUUGCAGAUCUUGGUUCUGGAGCAUCUGGUGAUCUGUUUAAUAAAUUUGUUUCAGUUAGUAAUAUGCAUAAUCUGCUUCAGAAAAGCAAGAGGGAAGAGGCCGUACUGAAGCAACUAGCAGUGCCUCCAGCAGCUGCACUCUCAGUUCCUGGUAUUCUUGUGGAAAGUGUAAUGUGUUUGAAUCUAGCUAUGUACAAGGUUCUGUUGUGUUGACAAUGUUCAUCAGAAUUUUUUUUUAUGUGAAGGCUUUUAAAUUUUGAUCUUUCUCAGAACUUUAAAGCAUUUCUAAAAAUUUGUACAAAGAGACAGCAAGGCUGACAGAACAAGCAACUAUGAUUUCACUUUGAGACUGGCAGUGAAAUUUGUGAGGUGAUCUUCCCCAUUUAACCUGGACAUACUUCAUCAUCAUACUAAAUUACAGAACAGCGGUUUGCAUAGCAGUGCGGUCCUUCUGUUGCUGAGCCUUUUCAGUCCAAGGAUUAUUUUCGAAGGCUUGGUUUGUGGAUGCUAUAGCUUGGAAGGCCUUCAACUGUUUCAGUUUCAUAUGUGCGAAAUCCAUUUCUUAGAAAGAAGUGUCUGUUCUUCAGAGAUCUCAUCCACUUCUUUCUGAUAACUACUCUGAGGCUCAGAAAGGAAUGUAGGUACCAGCUGGGGAUACUGCAUGAGGUGAAUGAACAAUGCGCUUUGCUUGGAAAGGAGGUAAAAUUAGUUUGUGUGCUGGUUGCUUCCUUUCCUUUUGGUUGUGUACAAGGAGAAGAUAAGUUUGAAGUCUGCCAGCAUCUGAAUUUGUUUGAAAUCUGUUGGAUGGCAUGUUUCCAGAACAGUCCCUUGAAAAUCUAAUCUAGUUUGUCCAAAAAGAACGUUUAUGGCACAUAGCAUUAAAGUGGGGGACUAUUAGGUAUUCCCUUUGCCUAGCCCAUCUUUGAACUGCUUUUCUGCUCCUGUUCAAAACAGACAGUGGCUCUUUUUCUCUUACUCCCUUUUCUUACCAGCUACUUCAAAAUAGGUUCUCUGAAAUCAAAAUUAAUUCCUCGAAAUUGGACACCUCUUGUUCUUGAGUCUUGACUUACUAAUGCUUUAGAGUUCCCCUGCUUAAAAGCUUCUUUAACCCAUGAGUCCCCAUAAAUAGCAAAAAGCCUAUAAUCUUUCUUUCUUACAUUCCUAACCUUAUCUUGAUGGCAGAGGUGUUUUCAGAUUUGACUAUGGGAAUUGGAAGUGUUCUGUCUUCACCUUAUCUGGGUGGCUUGACAUGUGCGUUUGCUUCCCUUUCUGUUCUGAUGGGAUGAGGGUAUUGACUGACACCUUGGUCUCUUCUGGUAGCUAUCAUAUCUCCAUCUGCAGUAUUAGAUGGAAAUGUAUGAGCAAUGCUACCUGUACAUUUAUAUACAGCUUCUGUGGCAUAUGUGUGUAUAUUCCCCCUCUGCCAUCGUAGAGCAGUUAAGAGGUUCUUUGCCUCUCUGCUUUCCUGGCAGUACUGUUAGGGUAACAUCAGGUCAGACCAGCAGUGCAUUUUACUGUAUUUCAUCUUAUCUACUAUGAUGGUUCAUUGCCACCAGCAGAUCAUUCCAGGGAAGUAAACCUGCUAAUGUAUAAAACUUGCCUUUCACCUGUCAUCACUGCCAGGCUUCUGUGUAUAAGAUAUUCUCCACCUGUAGAGCCCAAACUAAGCAGAGUUGAUUGCUUUUUUAACAUUUAAGUGUUAUUUCAUCUUCUUAGCUUCAUGUUGAGCUGAGGUGACAAGGUAAGGUAUCCUAGAUUUGCAUCUUUUAUUUCCAGAAGAUUGAAAAGUGUUUUCCUGCAAGACAGCCCCCCUCUCCAGUAUUCUCAUUUAUUUAGUUUUGAUCAAACAUCAUAGCUAAAACUGGAAAUGGGAUCUAAAAGUAACCUUGUGCAUAAAGUCUGCUCUGUGGCAGCAUCUGUGGAGAAAAGCUACAUACACAACACACACACACACUUGCUGUGCAGCUUUCCCGUGAACAACUAAGAGAACAAAUAUGUAUAUUCUGACUUAACUCUGUGUGCAUAAACCUUGAUUUUAUGCUUCAUUUUCCUCUGCAUUUUAACUUUUUGUUUUGGCAUUCUCCUCUUGUGCUGUACUUGGAAUUUGGCCUCUGACACUCCCAGUGAGUAUUUACAGUCUACAGAGUUGAUUUGGAUACCAUGAUUGCAUCCGGCAAGCUCUGGCUUCAGAAUUUGGUUACUACUGUAUAUUGAAUUCUAUUGCAAUUGCUAUCUAUUGAUAUCUUUGGCAAGUGCAAGGCUAAGUAAGUACUCUGUUUUAUUGUUAACACGGUCAAUUUGCGGACUCUGCCUAAUAUGGAAGAGUUAUGAUAAAUUCAUAAAUUUCCAUUUGUCUCUUGCCUGAAAUAUAUAUAUGUAUGUGUAUAUAUGUGUGUAUAUGUAUAUGUAUAUGUGUAUAUAUAUAUAUAUAUAUAUAUAUAUAUAUAUAUAUAUAUAUAGCCAGGCACCCUAUUCCUUAUUUUAGAGAUUAAAGGGUUGUUUUUUCUAUUUGUA